AACUGUGAACAUGUUUACAACUACAACGAAUGACUAUUUUUACAAUAUCUCCAUAAAUGAUGAAUGGAUUUGGGUGCCUGUGCCCUGGGCAUGGUGGCAGGUUAUCCAGUUGAUUUUCGCCAUCAUUGGCAUCAUGGGAAACAUGGUGGUCAUGGUGGUCAUCUUCUGGCCGAAACGUCCGAGACGUAGUUCCACCGACACGUUGAUCGGGGCUUUAGCAGUGGCUGAUUUUCUCACUUCAAUUUUCAUCAUACCACACCCCACCGUCGCCAGGUAUCCGGACAACACUUGGGGGAAGAUCUUCUGCAAGGUUGUCCAAUGCCCUACCUUCAGGGUCACAUCUGCCUGCGCUUCUAUCAUCACUCUGACAACCAUGUCGGUUGAGAGACUGGUGGCUGUCAGGUUUCCUUUCUGGUUCCGACGGUUCUUUUCCCCCAACCGCACCUCGGUGGCCGUCAUCGCCAUAUGGGUUCUUUCCGUUCUGAUCAACUCUUGGGGGUUGUAUACCGUCCACGUCGUCAAUGGAGAAUGCGUUCACUCCCUACCAGUCGGGUUCCAUCGAUUCUAUGGCGUCUUGAUAUUCCUUGUUCAGUAUGCCCUCCCGGUCGUUGUUAUGAUUGUUGCGAAUUUGUGGGCGAUUUUCACUCUUCGACAGCGUCGCGCAACAGCACUCCGAAAGGCCCAGACCCACAUCCUUCACAUGCUGCUCAUCGUCGUCAUCACUUUCGUCGUAACAAGAACGCCUAUUCAGGUCACUUUCUUUCUAUACAACCUAGGUGUCGUUGAUUUUAAAUAUAUCUUCGGUCCGACUUACAGUAGUUUCGUCGUCCUCGGAUUCGUCAACUUCUGUAUUAACCCUUUCAUCUAUGCCGCCAAGGUACCCAACUUUCGAAGAGCCGUCGAUGACAUAAAAAGAUCUCUCCGUGCAUGCCGCCUUGAUCAUGAUGAUCACGAUUUCCAUCCCGUAUUUGCUCUAAAACAGGAAGACGAAGAAUGUGCACAAUAG